AUGGACGUUGAAGAACUUGCAAUAGUAGCGGCGCUACUAAUUAUAAAAAGAAAGACAAAUAAAAAAAAAUCAAAAGAGUAUUGGGUGCAUCCUUUGUUAGAAGAACGGAGGUCAAAGGGAAUGUUUAAAAUAUUUUAUGAAGACGUUAGAAAAUAUCCUCGUAAAUUUUUUAAUUAUGCAAGAAUGUCUGUGAGUUCGUUUGAUGUCUUAUUUUGUCUUCUAAAACCACAUAUAACUGGCAUAGAUACAAAUAUGCGACCAUGUAUUUCUCCGGAAGAAAAACUUUUUAUAACACUAAGAUAUCUUGGAAGCGGUUGUAAAUUUGUAGAUUUACAUUACUCAUACAGACUUGGGAUUUCAACUAUAUCUGAAAUAAUAAGAGAAGUUUGUCAUUUUAUAUGGGUUGUACUAAAAGACAUGUGUUUACCGCAACCGACAAAAGAAAAUUGGUUAAAAAUCGCAAAAGAUUUUCAUUUACGGGCCAAUUUUCCAAAUUGCAUAGGUGCCGUAGAUGGUAAGCAUGUAAGAAUUAUAAAACCAUACAACAGUGGAUCAUUGUGUUAUAAUUACAAACACUUCUUUUCUGUAAUUUUGCUUGCCAUUUGUGACUCUGACUAUAAGUUCAUAUACAUAGACGUUGGUUCCUAUGGAAAGGAUUGCGAUUCAACUAUAUUUACAAAUUCAACGUUUUAUCAAAAGCUAAUGAACAAUGAUUUGCAAAUACCCGAACCUAAGCCCAUUUCAUCGACAAACCCUAUACCAGUACCGUUUGUUAUUGUGGGUGACGAAGCAUUUGGACAAACUGACAAAAUUAUGCGACCGUUCGGUGGAUCAAAUUUAACAACAAAGAAAAAAAUAUUUAAUUAUAGGCUUUCUCGUGCACGACGCCAUAUUGAAUGUUCAUUCGGCAUAUUAGCAAACAAGUGGCAGAUUUUUCACAGACCUAUCAACGUGAAUUUAGAUCUAGUAUCAUGCAUCAUCAAAACAUGUUGCGCUCUUCACAACUAUGUCCGAGAAAGAGACGGAUAUAAAUUUGAAGAUACCCUGAGCAUUCCUGGCUUUGAAGAAGUCCCAAACGGUUUCCAAAGAGCUACGCGACGUGGUGCAUCAUACAGAGAUGUAUUUGCUGAUUACUUUACAACUGAGGGUCAAUUAUCUUGGCAGAUGAGCAGUAUUAAUUAA